CGGCGAAGUUUAGCAUAAAAUAAACUCUUCUCGUCUUGGUUAAACCUUUUUCUUUUUUUUUUGGGAUAGAAUCUUGGUUCAACUCUAGAAAAGCAAAAAAAGGCGCAUUUUAACGGUGGCAGAUUGAUUGUUUGAUUGUUCAAGUUGGCGCUUUUUAAAGUCCCAAAAUCAAAAGCGCAGAACCCCAAAACCCAAAACUCUCUCUCUCUGCGAUCACACUCUCUCAGGGUAUUCAAGAAUGGAUUUUGGGGCCGACGACGACUGGAAUUUCAGCGCGGAAGAGCUUGAUUCCCUCGAGAGAGACGCUUUCCAGAAACUCUCUCAGCAACGCAUCAACUCCGCUUCCACUUGUUCCUGUUCUUCUUCUUCUUCUUCUUCUUCUUCCUUUUCAUUCAAUCGCCACCACGCACACCAGUCUUUACCCACCACCACCACCACCAACAGCAAUGCCUUCGAAAGCUUCAUUCCGAAUUCAUUUCCUAACCAGGUGCCGCCGCCUUUGUCUCCUGGAGCCAGAGUAUUACCUUCUUCUCUAGACGUUAAAGUAAACCCUGAAGUUGAACGGAAGCUCACUGUCAAAUUUUUUCUUCAUGCUACUGGAAACAUUGCUGCAAAAUUUUCCUAUGACCAGGUGUUGGUAGCUGCUUUCCGCAAGAUCCCCAAAGCCACAUGGAAUGCAAAAGAAAGGUUAUGGAUGUUCCCUGUGUCUUCUUUGUCAUCGGCAGAAAAAGUUCUUCAUGAAGUAUCAGGAGUCAAUGUUGAGAUAGAGAACUUAGAUCCCUUAGUCCACCGGGCCAUUGCUGCUGUGUCUGUUGUUCCAGAUAUUCGAGACCUGUAUGACAGGAUACCUAGCUUUAUCGAAUCAAAGCUCUUGGGAUUUCAGCGAGAAGGCGUAAGGUAUCUUGUUAGUCUGGAGUUUGUUCCUGAUUUAAUGUCUGUUGUAUUCAACUUGCAUAGGAUACUAUAUUCUGCAGAUGAUUGUGAGCAUGGAGGGCGUGCAUUCCUUGCUGAUGAAAUGGGACUGGGGAAGACUUUGCAGGCUAUUGCUGUGGCUUCCUGCAUUCGUGACUCAUGGCCUGUUCUUAUACUCACACCAUCUUCAUUGCGUCUGCAAUGGGCCUCUAUGAUUCAACAAUGGAUGAACAUUCCUCCAUCAGAUAUUAGUGUUGUUUUGUCUCAAUGUGGGGGUUCAAACAGAGCUGGAUAUACAUUAGUAUCCUCAAGUUCCAAAGGGACCAUUCAUCUUGAUGGCCUAUUUAACAUAAUCUCUUAUGACAUAGUCCCUAAACUACAGAAUCUGCUGAUGGCUUCAGAUUUUAAGAUUGUGAUUGCAGAUGAGUCGCACUUUUUGAAAAAUGCUCAAGCAAAAAGGACAACUGCUUCCCUGCCUGUCAUCAAGGCUCAAUAUGCAAUACUGUUAAGUGGAACUCCUGCAUUGUCCCGACCGAUCGAACUAUUUACGCAGCUGGAAGCCUUGUAUCCUGAUGUAUACAAAAAUGUUCAUGAAUAUGGCAAACGAUAUUGCAAGGGUGGAACAUUUGGAAUGUAUCAAGGUGCAAGUAACCAUGAAGAAUUGCAUAAUUUGUUGAAGGCAACGGUGAUGAUUCGGAGACUCAAAAAUGAUGUACUCUCUGAACUUCCUGUGAAGCGCAGACAACAGGUCUUCCUAGAUUUGGCUGAAAAGGACAUGAAACAAAUCAAUGCUUUAUUUCGUGAGUUGGAGGUGGUAAAGCUGAAAAUUAAGGCCUGCAAAUCAAAAGAAGAAGUUGAUUCACUUAAAUUUAUGGAGAAGAAUCUUAUCAAUAAGAUUUAUACUGAUUCAGCGGAGGCCAAGAUCCCAGCAGUUCUGGAUUACCUGGGAACUGUCAUCGAGGCUGGUUGCAAGUUUCUAGUAUUUGCACAUCAUCAAUCCAUGAUCGAUGCAAUAUAUCAGUUUCUUCUGAAGAAGAAAGUGAGUUGUAUUCGAAUUGAUGGCAGUAUACCUACAGUAGAGAGGCAAGCAUAUGUUACGCAGUUUCAAGAAAAAGAUUCUGUCAAGGCAGCAGUGCUAUCUAUCAAAGCUGGAGGUGUGGGAUUAACUUUAACAGCUGCAAGCACUGUAAUAUUUGCAGAAUUGUCGUGGACUCCUGGUGACCUAAUUCAAGCUGAAGAUCGUGCUCACAGAAUUGGCCAGGUGUCCUCGGUCAAUGUAUACUACCUUCUAGCGAACGACACAGUUGAUGACAUCAUAUGGGAUGUUGUUCAGAGCAAGUUGGAAAAUCUGGGACAGAUGCUGGAUGGCCAUGAGAAUUCGUUGGAAGUUUCAGCCAGCCAGCCGCGAAAUAGCCCUGCAAAGCUGAAAAAUAGCCCUGCCAAGCCGAAAUAUAGCCCUGCCAAGCCGAAAUAUAGCCCUGCAAAGCAGAAAACACUGGAUUCUUUCUUGAAAGUUUCAACCAACCAGUCAAACAUCAGCCCAGGAAAGCAAAAAACACUUGAUUCCUUCUUGAAGCGUUGCAACAACAGUGAAGACCAUGAAAUUGAGCCCAAAUUUAAAUACCCAAGGCAGUAACAGACUACAGGAUGGUAGUAGUAAGGUAGUUCCAUUUUUGAGAAGUUGAGAUAUAAGGAAGCAUUUGGGUUUUGGAUCGAGAUAAAAAGAGGGGUGCAGGUUGGGUGACCAGUGAAUCCUAGUGCCACUCUCGGACUAUGCAUUUGCUACUACAGCAUUGACUUGUAAAUUCACUAGUUGGAUGCUUGCAAAACCGCUCAAAUGGAUAUGCUUCCAGAAAUGAGGAAUUCCAUGUUAAGCAAGUGACCCAGGUUUUCGUACAAUUGGCUAUCAUAUGGAAGAUGCGAGCUUCUUAAAUUGUAUAAUCAUGUACAUGCAGACUGAUGUAUAUACUACUGCAAGAAAAUGAAGAAUUUGCCAGAUCUUCCUAGAAUCUUGUUUUAUCCUGAGUGACACUGUAUAAAAGAGUUAAAAGGGUAGUCUAGGAAUUUGUUG